AUUUUGGCAGGAAACAAGGAACUUGAAGUACCGAUAUUAUAAAUGAUUUGGUGACAAGCUGAGCUUGCAAUGCAGGCAAUAAAAACCGUGGAAAAAGAAGUGACUUUUAUAAAGGAAAUACUUUUCACAGAAUCCUUCCUCAAGCACCAAGAGUGCAGCAGAAAUCGGGAGAGCAGGCAGCUCCAAGAGCAGCAGCCAUUGGAAGGAGCUGUCUGCAGCUCUCAGUGCUGUACUGAGCAUGUCCCAGCGGAGCCCAGUGCAAGCAGCACAUUAUGCAAAAAGGCAGCUCUAGCAGAUGGGAGAGAGGCACAGCAAGCAUUUGCUUCACUUGCAUCACCACCGCUUGAAAACAAACCUGGAUUGCUAGAGGGGAUCUCGCCAGCAGGCCAAAGGAAUGAAAUCCGGGAGGAUGGCUUGAUUGUCAAAGGUGUUGCACUGCGAAAAAUCAUGGGGAAUCAAGAUGGGAAGCUAAAGAAAAAUACAGGUGAUGUGCAAGAAGGAGGAGAUGAUGUCUCUGGGCCCAAGGAUACGGACGGCACAAAGAAGGUAUCAGGAGGCAGAAGGGGACUGGGGAAGCAUGCAAAAGGUAGCGAAUCGGGUAAGAAGAAGGGUAAGUCGGACUCCAGGCCCUCUGUGUUUUCAAAUCUGAGGAUCAGAAAAAAUCUGUCCAAGGCUAAAGAUGGGAAUAGCAGUUCACGGGAGGAUGUUUUGGAAAGCCAGGCCUUGCAGCCUGGGGAGCUGGACAGUACUCAUUCAAUUGUAGCCAAAACUCCCGAUAUAAGCAUCUCUGCAGAUGAAGGGGGUCUCUCAGACACAGAUGUUGAACAUUUUGAAAUCAGAAAUGAAACUGCUCCAGCUGCUGCAGAGACACAGGACGGACAAAGGACCAGCUCUGGCUCUGAUACGGAUAUAUACAGUUUCCAUUCAGCCGCAGAGCAAGAGGAUUUGCUUUCUGAUAUCCAGCAAGCUAUUAGACUGCAGCAGCAGCAGCAGCAGCAGGGGGCAAUUAACAUUGGAACUGAGGACCUUGUCGCCAAAACAAUGGGCCGACACAUGGCUAAUUCACAAGCAACCUCCUUAGAUUUCGAACGGUUUUUUUCAGUAACUACCACUGACAAAGAAAGGAGCCCAGACACGGAGGGGGCUUUUCCAGCGGUAUCGGAAAUUGUGGAAAACCUUCCUGCCUCCGGUGCCACUGAAUGUGAACCAAAAGAAGCGGUAAAUGGUACAGGCUCUCCUGGUAACGGCUUAUUUGAAACACAGGAACGUCAGCUAUUGACUGAGGAACAGCCCGUUGCUGGAGUGGAUGCUGUAGCCGGUGAACUACAAGACGGUUUGAAUAGAACUGCAGUAGAAAACGGGUCUGAGACACACAGCUCCACACAACCUUCUCCAGCCUCAGUGGCGGAUGCUGAGGCUAAAAUUGCUGAAGUGCAGGCUGUUGAUUUUCAGGGCUCAGUAACAGAGGGUGGUAUUUCAGAUGCAGGCCGUGAUCAUGCUGCUGAGACUCAGGAAGGGAAACACACUCUGUCAGCCAGUCGAGAGGAGCUGCGUAAUGGUUUAUCCACGGAAAUGAAAAAUGGCAGUUUGUCCUCUGAAGGAACAGCAGACAGUCCGAUGCUUGGUUCCCGAUGUUUUAAGCCCUAUCUAAUUAAUCCCUGUUACAUCAAAACCACAACUAGGCAACUGAGUUCUCCCAACCAUUCACCUUCUCCCUCCCCAUCCCAGAGCCCGCUUUUCACAAGGAGGCAGGAUUCCGUCCACAAAAAAGAAAAAGUCUCAGUCAAGAAGAAGAGGUCUGCUAGUUUGGCAGGUUUGUUUAGUCGUUCUGCAGACUGGACAGAAGAGGUGUCUAAUCACAAAAGCGAGAUCACAGAGAAGGUGAGCUCUGCAGACUAUUUGGAGCACAAGGGGUUUAGAGAGAAAUUUCAAACAGAAAGAGUGCCUUUGACUCAUUCAAGAAAGUCCUCAGGGGUCCAGGCUUCUACAGAGACAUUUCCCAAUGUCUUUUCAGGACGAACUCUGCUGGAAAAGCUCUUCAGCCAGCAGGAAAAUGCACCACAAGAAGAAGCAGAAAAACUCUGUUCUCGCAUUAUUGCAAUGGGUCUUUUGCUUCCAUUCACUGACUGCUUCAGAGAGCCAUGUAAUCAGAGUGCCCAGCAAAGCACACCCACGUUUGAUCAAGACCAGCUUUAUACUUGGGCUGCAGUUAGCCAACCCACACAUUCAACAGAUUACAUUGAAGGAAGCUUUCCAAGGAGAAUUCCAUCUGCAUGGCCCCCACCCAAACCUCCAGAUGAAGAACAAAGACUCAAAAUUUCAGAAGAAGAACCUGGAGAGUUGAAAUCUACAGUCCUAGAAACAGAGAAGCAAUGCAUAGAUGGUGUUCAGCGGGCACAGAAAGAAGACUGUUCCACAGUACCUGGGUCCUGGGAUGAUUUUGAGGUGAAAUCUGAGGAGCGUGCCAGUGUCAUCCAACAACUUGAGCAGACUAUUGAGGAUCUGAGGACAAAAAUUGCAGAACUAGAGAAACAGUUCCCUGCUGCAGAGGUACAGACUGCUGGGAGGGAGCAGGAAAAUGAGCACACACACGCAGACUCUGGGGAACUCAGCAGUGUGACUCUUCAAAGGAAUGAAGAGGAGACCACACCCAGGACUGUGUCACAGGCGAGAUCUGUACAAACAUCACCAACAGAGGAUUAUUUAACACAUACAAUGCCUUCAGCUAGUGCACUGCCACAGCCACCCCCACCACCACACUUAGAAGGGGGCAAAAGUUCCGUGCCAGAUCUAGAACUACAGCCCACAUUCUGUUCUGAAAUUUCCUUAGUUCUGUCACCGAAGCUAAUCUCAGUGCCACUGGAUGCAAGCCAAUCAGUACCGAGUAUACCACAGUCACCUCUUCCAAGACCCAAAGUUGAUUCGUCCCUUGCAUUUGAAGGAGAGACUGAAACAUCAGUUUCCCAUCAGCCUCUAAGUACUGUAGAUGUAACUUGUAGCGAACAUCCCCCUUCUUUGCCCCUGGAGCCCACAUGUAGCAUUCCCCCAUCACUGCCAGCAACCGAACAGGCUGCCCCCCUGCCUGGAGCACAUGGCCAUUCCUUUGUUACUCCAAUGUCUAUGGCGGGAGUACCACCGCUACCACCCCCACCUGGCUCAGGACUCCCGUCUUCUACUGUUUCAGCAGUGCCACACCUGGACCACUCUUUCCCAGGUGCCAUGAUGUCACCUCUCCCUCCUCCUCCACAUUUGCCAAGUGGGGAGAUACCGAUGCUGCCUCCAGCUCCUCCCCUCCCAUGUCCUGGAUUCCCUCCACCACCUCUACCGCCACCUUUGCCUGGUGCAGGAGUCCCAUCUCCUCUGCCUGGUUGGGGUAUCCCACCUCCCCCUCCACCACCACCUUUACCUGGAGCUGUUGUCCCUCCUCCACCUCCUCCUCCACCUGGCCUGGGAUUGCCACCCCCAGCACCACCACUUCCAGGAGCAGGACUGCCACCACCUCCCCCACCUCUGCCCGGAGCGGGCAUUCCACCCACUCCUCCACCGCCACCACCUCUGCCUGGUGCAGGUGUACCCCCUCCUCCACCCCUGCCUGGUAUAGGUGUUCCCCCUCCACCACCUCUGCCUGGUGCAAGUGUGCCUCCUCCACCUCCUCCACCACCUCUGCCUGGUGCAGGUGUACCCCCUCCUCCACCCCUGCCUGGUAUAGGUGUUCCCCCUCCACCACCUCUGCCUGGUGCAGGUGUGCCCCCUCCACCUCCUCCACCACCUCUGCCUGGUGCAGGUGUGCCCCCUCCACCUCCUCCACCACCUCUGCCUGGUGCAGGUGUGCCCCCUCCACCUCCUCUACCUCCUCUGCCUGGUGUAGCUGUGCCCCCUCCACCACCUCUCCCCGGUGCUGGUGUCCCUCCACCACCCCCUCCUUUGCCUGGGUUGGGGAUGCCUCCUCCGGCCCCACCACCAUUGCCUGGAAGUGCACCACCCCUCCCAGCAUCAGUCCAGGGCACCACUUACCCAGCAGUCCCACAGGGCUGUGGUUUUCUUCCUCCUCCAUUACCAUCUGGUUUAUUUGCAAUGGGGAUGAAUCAGGAGAAAGGGAGCAGGAAACAUGUGAUAGAGCCUUCUCGGCCAAUGAAGCCUCUUUACUGGACAAGAAUUCAGCUUCACAGUAAAAGAGAUUCUAGUGCUUCACUUGUGUGGGAAAAAAUUGAAGAGCCUUCCAUAGAUUAUCAUGAGUUUGAAGAACUGUUUUCUAAAACAGCUGUUAAAGAGAGGAAGAAACCCAUUUCGGACACCAUUACAAAAACAAAGACUAAACAAGUUGUCAAGUUGUUAAGUAACAAAAGAUCUCAAGCUGUUGGAAUAUUAAUGUCUAGCCUUCAUUUAGACAUGAGGGACAUUCAGCACGCUGUUGUGAACUUGGACAACUCUGUGGUUGACCUAGAGACACUGCAAGCCCUGUAUGAGAAUAGAGCACAAUCAGAUGAGCUAGAAAAAAUAGAAAAGCAUAGCAAGGCAUCCAAGGAAAAAGAGAACGCCAAGUCUUUGGAUAAGCCAGAACAGUUCCUCUAUGAACUCUCACUGAUUCCCAACUUUUCAGAACGUGUGUUUUGCAUCCUGUUCCAAUCAACAUUUUCAGAAAGCAUUGGUUCAAUCCGUCGCAAACUUGAAUUGUUACAGAAACUGUGUGAGACAUUGAAGAAUGAAUCAGGCGUUAUGAGGGUUCUAGGUUUGGUUCUUGCCUUUGGAAAUUACAUGAACGGUGGAAACAGGACACGAGGACAGGCUGAUGGGUUUGGACUAGAUAUCCUGCCAAAACUGAAAGAUGUAAAGAGCAGUGACAACAGCAGAAGUCUUCUAUCUUACAUUGUCUCAUAUUAUUUGCGUAAUUUUGAUGAGGAUGCUGGAAGAGAACAAUGCAUCUUUCCUCUUCCGGAUCCACAAGAUCUCUUCCAGGCUUCACAACUGAAGUUUGAUGAUUUUCAGAAAGAUCUCCGCAAAAUGAAGAAAGAUUUGCGAGCAUGUGAGACAGAAGCAGCAAAAGUUUAUCAGCUAUCACUAGAAGAGCACCUACAGCCCUUCAAAGACAACAUGGAGCAAUUCAUUAGUCAAGCCAAAAUAGACCAAGAAAAUGAAGAGAAGUCACUGACAGAAGCACAUAAAAGCUUUUUGGAAACGACAGCCUAUUUCUGUAUGAAACCAAAAAUGGGCGAGAAGGAGGUGUCCCCACAUUCUUUCUUCAGUAUUUGGCAUGAAUUCAGUUCUGACUUCAAAGACUUCUGGAAGAAGGAAAACAAACUUAUUCUUCAAGAAAGAGUCAAAGAAGCAGAGGAAGUCUGCAGGCAGAAAAAGGGGAAGUCGCUGUACAAUAUAAGACCAAAACAUGACUCUGGAAUUAAAGCAAAGAUAAGUAUGAAAAUCUGAGAGAAGAAAUUCAAAAGCCAUUGUUACCUGGUUACCAAAACUCAACAUGCCUGUGGGUGGGGACUGAGAGGGAAGGAAACUACAUCAUCCUGAUCAUUUGCUUUCUCGACCUUUUAAAAUUUGCGUUUUGUUCUCUAGAGUUUUCCACCAACUGAUGUGUUACUGUACAUUCAUUCACGAAUGUAAUCACUUUAAUGGAGUGCCCAGAAACAGACUAGGUAUGGACUUGAAACACCUUCCCUGUACUCUGUAUCUCCUUUGCCACUCGAAAAUGGUAUUUUGUAAAGUAUAUGGUAUAUUACAAAUAGGACAAGUCAGCAUGCCUAAAAAGCGGCAUCUGCAUCAGUUCCGAACAUGCUGAAAAUUGCAUUAAGUUGAACUUCAUAAGAAUACUACUUGGUACAGUAAAACAUUUCCAUUCCUACUGGCAACAUCUAACACAAAUACUUCAUGGCACUGCACUUAGAUUAGGGAAAGAAAUGUUACUCCUAGUGAAUUGUUUGUAUCCGUUUCAUGUUGGCAUUUGUAGUUUGUAUUUUGAAUCGUUAAGUGCUGUUUAUACAGUAUAAUCAAUGCUUUCCCAACUUGUUUGGUUGCCCUCCAUGACUAAAUAUUUGUGGAACAAGAUGUUUACUGUAACUAUCUUUAAAAUCGAUAAGGCAGCAUACUUUUACUUCAUCUUUUGCCAGAUAGUGAAUGCCAGGUGGUACGGGGGUCAGAAAUCCAGCAUCGUAAAAAAAAAAAAAAAAAAAAAAAAAAGGAAAAAAGUGAAAAGCAGGAAAAUACAGAAAAGCACAGAACUAUGAUAGUAUGAGAAAUUGGCUAUUAUAGUUUAUUAAUAUAUAAAGCAGCUAAUACUUUUACAUGAACUUUAGAAGGUAUAGUAUAGUUUUAACUGCGGAUCACUUAAGUCAGGCUUUUGGCCAUAUGUACAUGACUUCCCUUCUGGAAUUAGCUUUACAGUUAAUUUAAAACUCCUUUAGAGAGCCAUUAAAAGAUGCACAUGGAGACGACAUUUAUGGAAAACAGUAGCCAAUUCUAGUGACAGAACAUAGACUACCAACUAAUUGACAUCAAUUUCACACUUAACUGAAUUACAGACAUUUCCUCCAGGCUUUCAGUGUCCCUGACUAGGAGUUAAUGAUUGAAAUAUAAGACUUAGGGCUUCCAUUUUAGACCACGUGCUUAAUUCCAAUUUGCAAUCCAGAAUUUGCUGUAUCAGUUUUGAACUGCUCAACUGAUAGCAAUCCCUUCAUCCAGUCCUUAUUUAAGAGCCCCAAACCAACCAGCUUAAUUGGUAACAUUUUUCUUUCAAAGCUAAUUUUUCCUGAAACCAGACCGUGCGUGCAACUCAGUUGGAUGCACAUGCUCACAGAUUUGGAGCCUGAAAGACACUGGGGUAAGGCAGAUGAGCUCUAACCUGCUGGGUUGUGUUAUUCCCUGUCCAAUCUAGCACAUCAAGAGACAUUCCGAGCUGUUCAGAGGCUAAUAUACUCUACAGGGUGUCGUAAAAGGAAGUGCAAAGUAUGACCUCAGGAAUCUGUUAUUCUUCACAUAUACCAAGCACUAGAAAAGAUGGUUUUUUUCACUGUGUGAAAAGCAAGUCUCCUGUUGCUGAUAAACCUAUAUGAAAAUCUGUACUACUAAUAAUUUCUGGCAGGGAUAUAAAUUACCAAGAAUGGAAUUCUAAAAUUUUGUGUUGAUGGGAGUAACAUUACUAUUUGGGGAAGAGAAAAUAAGAGAUUAUUUGCUGUUACAACUAACUUAUGGAAAAAAAAAUCUUUAAAGAAUAAAGCUAUUUUAAUGGCACUGAUUCAAAUCCAUGUUUGUAUUUAUGUAAACAAUAGUCUUUUCCUCCUAACUUUGCUCCUAAGUGCAAGGAUACAGUAGCAUGUUUUCAUUUGUAGCCUUCCUGUUCUCUUCAGUACCUACAGUAUGUAUAUUACUAUACUAAAUGAAAUAAUAGAUCAUCUAACAAAGAUCACUAUGUGCAAUACUGUAUUUAGUGUUUCUAUUCCAAUUUUUUUAGAAUGUUAAUUUAUAUGAAAAUAAAAGGAAUAAUAAUGAAA